AUGAAACUCAAAAAGCAAUGUCUCAGUAAGAAACACCGAGUACAGCGAAUUGCUUGUUGUCGGCAAUAUAGCUAUUGGGCUACUGAUGGCUGGCGCAAAGUUAUUUUUGGUGAUGAAUCACCAUUUUAUGUCUUAAAAAGGAAACUUAAUGCAAAGUAUCGAGAACUGAUGAAGAAAGAUUGCAUCCGGACUAUUCAACAAGUUAAUGCCGAUGAUGGCGGAAAGCGUGCAAUAUCAGGUCAGGGCAGAACUUUAUCAACAGUCCCCAUAAUUCGAUGUUUUGGUAAGAAAAUGAUUAGUUUUCGAUGGACAUUUUAA